AUGGAUUGGGCGCUCGGUGCUCGAGGCGAGGUGCUCAUGGAGCCCAAGAGGGACGCAUGGUCGGGAGCCGAGGCGCGUCGCUGCCUUGACUGCCGGGCAUGCACGCGGCGGAUAGCGUUUUGGCCCGAACAGCUGCGCUGUUUGCCCACGGCCGGCUUGAUCAUUUACUUGUGCGGGGAGGCGCAAGCUGAAGCUCAGGCCAUGGGCUGCGCAGCUACCCGCGUGGGGCCACUGGAGCCUUCCGUGGUGGUGCCUGGUCACACUCUCAUUCGGCAGGACAAAGGUCAGAGAGUUUGUGAAGCCUCUAUCGACUUCAAGGAACCGUCGCUGUCUUUCGACUCUAUGACGCACCAAAUCACUAGGCAGGACACGAUCCUCCCGCCGGUGGCUGCGAUGCACGACCGCCACGUGGCCAAGUUGGAGCGGUUUUUGGAGGCGCUUCCAGACAAUGAGAACGUUCUGAGUCGCUUGUGCUCCGUGGCCUUUCAGGUCAACCAAGGAGUUUUGGUUCGGACUGGCUCGGACUGGCUCGCUGCCGUUCUGAAUAUCGUGAACGGAUCCCUCUCCUUGGAAGGCGACUCUGCGCCCUGCGUGCUGAGUCGCAAGGACUCCUUCGGGCAGAGGGUCCGCGAACCCGCCAUCGCCUUCACAGAGCGCGCACAGUCCUUCGACUCCAUGUCCCACAAACUCACCCGCCGCGAUUACGGGUGCCCACUCCCGCCAGUGGCGGACACCCACUUUCGUCACGUGGCCAGGACGGUUCCGACGCAGGAGGGCGGAGGACGGAGGUUGUGGCAAGCGGAAGAUCUUCCAGGGAACUUGAUUGACGAAGACUUGUCUCCGUUGGAGAAGUUCCUGAAUGCCGUUCCGUCGAAUUCGGGGGCCCUGAAGCGCGAAGUGGAGAUUCGCCGGUCCCGACUGAGCCUUGAUUCGGCUGGCCGUUGA